CAUAUACUUUGCUCUUAGGGCUAGGCCCCCUUUUUCUCCAUUUCCGCCUGAAUGACGUGCCCAAAGUAAACUGCCUGUUGCUCAUGCCCUGAAGCCAGGAUAUGCAUAUAAUUGGUACCAUUGGAAAGAAAAUACUUUGCAUUUUGUAGAAAUGUUAAAAUCAUUUAGGAGAAUAUAACACAAUAGAUAUGGUAGGAGAAAAUCCAAAGAAAAACCAACCAGAUGUUUUCUUUUGAGAGAGACCAUCCUCUUAGAAAGGCAAUAUUGAAAAUUAGCUCCCUGGAUUCCUAUGGCUUCCAGCGGGUGUCAGCAGUCUAUGUUCAAGGUUUCAGGCUUGUAACUUCAAAAACGAAUAAGAAAUAUCAGUUUUAGGACAGGGACACAGUCUUGGAAAUUCGUGUUUACACGCCAUGAAGACAGGACGCACCUGCUAAAAUCGGUUUCCUAUUGAACUCAACAUCUUUCCGUAAGAAAUAUUAUAGUUUGAUUACAUUUUAGGGUAUCUGAUGAGUAGAUAGAAACGUAUUUUGACUUGUUGAAACAAAGUUUAGGGGUAGAUUUUCGGAUUCCUUUCUCUGCUUGUUGAACGAGUGGAUUACUCAAAUCGAUGGCGCCAAUUAAACAUACUUUUUUGCAUAUAAAGAAGGAUUUUAUCUAACAAAACGACACUACAUUUUAUAGCUGGGACCCUUUGGAUGACAAAUCAGAGGAAGAUUUUAAAAAAGUUAAAAUCCCCAGGAGACUGUCAGGAUGACAGGAUGACACAUUACACCCCAGUCAUCAGACGGCAUACCUACAAAGCCACUGGAGCACAAACAUAUCGCCAGCCAUCACCCGUCUGUCUCACAGUCAAGAAAGGGCUUUGGACAGCGUGGGCUAACACGGAUAAGAUUGCAUGACUCUGUGGUGGAUAAAGUUUAUUCACACAGUGAUGGAAAUCAUUUCAUUCACAUUCUUCAGAGAAGUGCAAGAAAGACGAGCAUGAAGAGGAUGAAACCCACGACAGAGGAGCUGGCUGGCAUCAUGAGCCUUCAGUGUCAACUCCUGCAGACCAGAAUGUCUCCUGGUGUCAUCCUUAACCAUACAUUAGAGAAUAAGUUACAGAAACCGUUGGGAGUUGGUUUGAAGAAAAGGAAAGUGUGCCAUUUUCUUGUAUGAGCUAGAAAAGGGCUCUUCUGGAUCAUGAAGAAAUCACGUGGCCAUAAGUCAGACCACGGAAAAGGAGGAAGAGGCGAUGAGGCAGCCAUCUUGGAGACAGAGGACCUGGACUUCAUGGGAGGGAUGGGAGGGGGAGGGGGUCCUGACCCCGACACCAUCUCCCUGGCCUCAGUCACAGCCGUCACCACAAACGUCUCCAACAAGAGAUCAAAACCAGACAUUAAGAUGGAACCUAGUGCCGGGAGACCAAUGGAUUUCCAAGUUAGUGUUACCGUCAUAGAGGCCAGGCAGCUAGUGGGGCUGAACAUGGAUCCAGUGGUCUGUGUGGAGAUCGGAGACGAUAAGAAGUACACUCAGAUGAAGGAGUCGACAAACUGCCCAUACUACAAUGAGUAUUUUGUCUUUGACUUCCACGUCUCACCUGAUGUUAUGUUUGACAAGAUCCUGAAGCUUUCGGUAAUCCACUCCAAGAACCUCCUGCGUAGUGGGACUCUGGUUGGCUCUUUCAAACUGGAUGUAGGCACUGUCUACUCGCAUCCAGAACACCAGUUUUUCCACAAAUGGGCCCUUCUCUCUGACCCUGAUGACAUCACUGCCGGGUGCAAAGGUUACAUUAAAUGUGACAUCGCCGUCGUGGGGAAAGGAGACAACAUCAAGACUCCACACAAGGCCACCGAAACCGAUGAAGAUGACAUAGAAGGUAACCUCCUGUUACCUGAGGGGGUUCCCGCGGAGCGUCAGUGGGCUCGCUACUAUGUGAAGAUCUACAGAGCUGAGGGCCUUCCCAAGAUGAACACCAGCAUCAUGGCUAAUGUCAAGAAGGCUUUCAUUGGGGAGAACAAGGACCUUGUGGACCCUUAUGUACAAAUACUCUUCGCUGGCCAGAGGGGGAAAACAUCUAUCCAGAAGAGCAGCUACGAGCCAAUCUGGAACGAGCAGAUCGUCUUCACUGAGAUGUUUCCACCGCUCUGCAAACGCAUGAAGGUCCAGAUCCGAGACUCAGACAAAGUGAACGACGUGGCCCUCGGAACACACUUCAUUGACCUGAGAAAGAUCGCCAAUGAUGGAGACAAAGGCUUCCUUCCCACCCUGGGUCCGGCUUGGGUGAACAUGUAUGGCUCCACUCGUAGCUACACCAUCAUGGACGAGCACCAGGACCUGAACGAGGGUCUGGGGGAGGGGGUGUCCUUCAGAGCCCGCCUGCUGGUCAGCCUGGGUGUGGAGAUCCUGGACACCUCCUCCCCGGAGAUCAUGAGCUCCACCGAGGUGCAGGUGGAGGGGGUGCCUAACAUCUCAGAGAGCGCCACAGGGAAAGUAGAGGAGUUCUUCCUCUUCGGGGUGUUCCUGGAGGCCACCAUGAUUGACAGGAAGAUCGGGGACAAACCAAUCAGCUUCGAGGUUACGAUAGGUAACUAUGGGAGCGAAAUUGACGGCGUGACCAAACCCAAGUCGAGUAGCGGGAAGAAGAGUGGGGGAGACGGAGAUGAAGAGGAGUCGGAGCUGAUCCAAGGCUCCAGUGAUGAAGAGGAGGGGGAUGAUAAUGACCUGGUCUCAGUGUCCUCCACCCCGCCCAUGAAACCGGUCAUCACCGACAGAAAUUAUUUCCACCUGCCUUACUUUGAGAGGAAGCCAUGUAUUUAUAUCAAGAGCUGGUGGCAGGACCAGAGAAGAAGACUGUACAAUGCCAACAUCAUGGACAACAUCGCAGAUAAACUGGAGGAGGGUCUGAACGAUGUUCAGGAGGUCAUUAAGACAGAGAAGGCCUAUCCGGAACGCAGACUGAGAGGGGUCCUGGAGGAUCUCGGCAACGGAUGCAGUCAAUUUCUGACUCUGGCUAACAAAGACCAGAAUCAGACUGGGAGGACCAAGCUGGACAAGGAGAGACUCAAGUCCUGCAUGAGGGAACUGGAGAGCAUAGGUCAGCAGGCUAAGACCAUCAGGACGCAGGUGAAGAAGAACACAGUGAGAGAUAAGAUCAAGCUGGUUCAGAACUUCCUCCAGAAGCUCAGGUUCCUAGCUGAUGAGCCGCAGCACAGCAUCCCUGACGUCUACAUCUGGAUGAUGAGUAACAACAAGCGCAUUGCCUACGCCCGUGUCCCCUCCAAAGACAUCCUGCACUCCGGGGUGGACGAGGAGACUGGGAAGGACUGUGGCAAAGUCAAAACCAUCUUCUUCAAGCUGCCUGGUAAGAAGGGCUUUGGUGCAGCUGGCUGGACAGUGCAGGCUAAGACAGAGAUCUACCUGUGGCUGGGUCUGAACCGUCAGAGGAAGGACUUCCUGUCUGGGCUGCCCAACGGCUUCGAGGAGAACAAGAUGCUGAAAGGACCUGGCUCGCAGUCUGCUCCUCCCAUCAGCCUCACAUACACGAUGAAGCAGAUCUUCCAACUGAGGGUCCAUAUGUACCAGGCUCGCAGCCUGUUUGCAGCAGACAGCAGCGGCCUCUCAGACCCCUUCGCCAGGGUCUUCUUCUCCACACACAGCCAGGUCACAGAGGUGCUGAAUGAGACACUGUGCCCCACCUGGGACCAGCUGAUGGUGUAUGACAACGUAGAACUGUUUGGAGAAGUCGGAGAACUGAGGGACGACCCGCCUAUCAUCGUCAUAGAAAUCUAUGACCAGGACACGGUGGGCAAAGCAGAGUUCAUGGGCAGGACCUUCGCCAAGCCUAUAACCAAGAUGGCGGAUGAACACUACGGACCUCCACGUUUCCCUCCCCAACUAGAGUACUACCAGAUCUAUAGGGGGAACUGCACCGCUGGAGAAAUGCUGGCGGCCUUCGAAUUGCUGCAGAUUGGUCCUCAUGGUAAAGCUGACCUGCCGCCCAUCGAUGGUCCUACAGACAUGGACCGUGGUCCCAUCCUACCAGUCCCUUUGGGCAUCAGACCAGUCCUCAGCAAGUACAGGAUCGAGGUGUUGUUCUGGGGCCUGAGGGACCUGAAGAGGGUCAACCUAGCCGCGGUGGACAGGCCUCGUGUGGACAUAGAAUGUGCCGGUAAAGGAGUCCAGUCUUCCCUCAUCCAGAACUACAAGAAAAAUCCUAACUUCGGCACCCUGGUUAAGAUGUUUGAGGUGGAUCUGCCCGAGAACGAGCUGCUCCACCCUCCCCUGAACAUCAGAGUGGUGGACUGCAGAGCUUUCGGGCGUUACACCCUGGUGGGGAACCAUGCUGUCACCACCUUACGCAAGUUCAUUUACCGGGCGGCAGACAAGCACGCCAACAACUGGAACACUCAAGAGGAGAUCAUUGUCAACUAUGAGCCAGAGCCCACCAUCAAGAAGAUGGAGACCAUGGUCAAGCUGGACUCUGGGUCCGAUGCGGUGGUUAAAAUUGAGGAGGAUGAGAAGGGAGGGAAGAAGAAGAAAAGGAAGAAGGGAGGGGACGAGGUGGAGGAGGAGGAGUUUGAUGAAAGCAUGUUGGAUUGGUGGUCCAAGUACUUUGCCUCGAUCGAAACUCUGAUGGAGAUUCUCAAGGCUCAGGAGGCAGCUAUGGCGGAUGCUGAGGAGAAAGAGGCACAGGAUAUUGCUGCUGAGGGCGGAGAGAUCAAACCUGAUGACUCUCUUGUCAAAGGAAAGAGAGGCAAGGGAAAGAAGGAGAAGAAGAGGGCUGGUCCUGGGGACAUGCCAGAGAAGAAAAAGCACAACAUUGAUGAGCUACAGGUGUACCCCAAGGAGCUGGAGAAUGAGUUUGAUCACUUUGAAGACUGGCUUCACACCUUCAACCUGUUCAGAGGGAAGGCCGGAGAUGACGACGACCAGAACAUGGCGGAUGAAGACAGGAUUAUUGGCAAAUUCAAAGGUUCUCUGUGCAUGUACAAAGUACCGGUGUCAGAUGAGAUGCAGAGGGAGAUGGGUUUUGACUCCAACAUGGGCAUGUUCCAGAACAUUCCAACUAAUGACCCAAUCAACGUCCUAGUCCGGGUCUAUAUCAUCAGGGCUACGGACCUGCAUCCAGCGGAUAUCAAUGGAAAAGCAGAUCCAUACAUCGCUAUCAAACUGGGCAAGUCGGAUAUCAAAGACAAAGAUAACUACAUCUCCAAACAACUCAACCCUAUCUUUGGCAAAUCCUUUGACAUCGAGGCCACAUUUCCCAUCGACUCCACACUAACAGUGUCAGUCUAUGACUGGGAUUUAGUGGGCACUGACGACCUGAUUGGGGAGACUAAACUGGAUCUGGAGAACCGUUACUACAGCAAACACAGAGCAAUAUGUGGCAUCCCAUCUAAAUAUGCCAUCCAUGGCUACAACGUGUGGCGGGACCCCCUGAAGCCGACCCAAAUCCUGGCCAAGCUGUGUAAGGAGGGUAAGCUGGACGGGCCACACUACGGCCCUGGAGGACGGGUCAAGGUGGCCAACCGGGUCUUCAUGGGCCGAACUGAGAUCGAAGAUGAAAAUGGUCUGAAGAAGCAGACAGAUGAGCACCUGGCCCUGACAGUGCUGAAGCACUGGGAGGACAUCCCCAGGGUGGGCUGUAAACUGAUUCCAGAGCAUGUGGAGACCAGGCCACUCCUCAAUCCUGACAAGCCUGGGAUCGAACAGGGGAGGAUUGAGAUGUGGGUGGACAUGUUCCCCAAGGAUAUGCCUGCACCUGGACCUGCCGUUGAUAUUUCACCCAGGAAACCAAAGAAGUUUGAACUUAGGGUGAUUAUCUGGAACACAGACGAGGUCAUUCUGGAGGAUGACGACAUCUUCACUGGAGAAAAGUCCAGUGAUAUCUUCGUGCGAGGCUGGCUGAAGGGCCAGCAGGAGGACAAGCAGGACACCGACGUCCACUACCACUCCCUGACAGGGGAAGGUCUCUUCAACUGGCGCUUCAUCUACCCCUUUGACUACCUACAGGCCGAGGAGAAGAUCGUCAUCUCUAAGAAGGAGUCCAUGUUCGCCUGGGACGAGACUGAGUAUAAGAUCCCUGCUCGUCUCAACCUACAAGUCUGGGAUGCUGAUCACUUCUCUGCAGAUGAUUUUUUAGGAGCCGUUGAGCUAGACCUGAACCGUUUCCCUCGUGGAGCGAAGACAGCCAAGCAGUGCUCCAUCAACAUGGUGCUGAACGAACAGGAUAUUCCCAUGGUGUCCAUCUUCAAACAGAGGAGGAUCAAGGGCUGGUGGCCCUUCCUGGCCAGAGAUGAGAACGACGAGUUUGAACUCACGGGGAAAGUGGAAGCAGAGCUGCAGCUGAUGACUGCAGAGGAGGCUGAGAAGAAUCCAGUGGGUGAAGGACGCAACGAACCUGAGCCCCUGGAGAAACCCAACCGUCCAGACACAGCCUUCCUAUGGUUCCUUAUGCCUUUCAAAGCCAUCAAAAACCUCAUCUGCAACCAGUACUUCUGGCUCACGGUCAAGUUAGUGGUGGCCCUGCUGCUGGUGCUCAUCCUGGGCCUCUUCAUCUACAGCAUGCCUGGAUACAUGGCCAAGAAACUAAUGGGUGUCUGAGAAGUGGAAACUAUUAAAAGGGAUAGUUCAGUGAUUUAACAUGUAUUUAGAUAUUUGUUUCCUUAGCUUGAAAGAAGUCGACAAGGUGUGACUGCAAUUCACACUUUGGUUUUGUUUAACUUGCCACCUUAAACAAGGUGAACUAUACCUUUAAGAAAAGACUACUCAACAACUUCUCAACUCAGUUCUAUAUUCAACGACUUGUUUUCCCUAACUGUCACGUUCUGACCUUAGUUCCUUUUUUAUGUCUCUAUUUUGGUUUGGUCAGGGCGUGAGUUGGGGUGGGCAUUCUAUGUUUUGUUUCUAUGUUUUGUAUUUCUGUGUUUAGCCUGGUAUGGUUCCCAAUCAGAGGCAGCUGUCAAUCGUUGUCUCUGAUUGAGAACCAUACUUAGGUAGCCUGUUCCCACCUGUGUUUGUGGGUAGUUGUUUUGUGUUUGUUUCACCAUUCAGGACUGUUUCGAUUUUCGUUGUCAUUCACUUUGUUAUUUUUGUAUUUUUUCAUGUUCUGUUAUAUUAAAGUAACAUGGUUACCACGCUGCAUUUUAGUCCGAUCCUUCAUAUUCCUCAUCAGAAGAGGAAGACAAUCGUUACAGAACUACCCACCACAAACGGACCAAGCAGCGUGGUAACAAGGAGCAGCGGGAUCUGGAGAAAUGGACAUGGGAGGAAAUAUUGGACGGCAAGGGACCCUGGGCACAGCCGGGGGAGUAUCACCGUCCGAAAGAGGAGCUGGAGGCAGCUAGAGCGGAGCGGCGACACUUCGAGGAAUUGGCUCGAGGUAACGGGCACGAGAGG